GUGUUGCAGGAGCAAUAAUUGUUCGUGUCUCAUCCCCGUCGCGACGACAAACCAACGAAAUGAGUGGUGCAGUGCCAGAAAGCCCUGAAUUCAGCAUAGCUCUAGUGAAAGAAGUGGAAAAAUAUGAUGAACUAUAUAAUUUCCUGAGUUUGGAUUAUUCCAAUAAAAUCAAGACUGACAUAGCAUGGAACAAAGUCGGGAGGAAACUGAAUUCCACUGCGGAUCUAUGCAAACUAAGAUGGAAAAACAUCCGAAAUGCAUAUUUAAGGAAUCUGAGACAACAACCCCCUACAGGAACAAGUGGACGCAACAAAAAGAAAGCUUAUUAUUUGCAUGAGUAUUUGGCUUUCCUUUCGCCAUAUACUAAGGGAAGAAAGCAAACUAGUAAUUUGGAUGUGCCAAAAGAUGUGCAGCACAAUGAAGAAGAAAUGCAAGAAAUAGACAUAAAUUACAUUUCGAAUGAUUUAUAUGAUGGGGUAGAUGACGCCGCAACACAAGAGGAUUCGGAUGCUUUCGCUUCUCAUGUUCAAGAAUUGUAUUCAACUCCUAGUGGAACAAGUAACAAUAAUAAAGCUUCUUCAUCGGAUGAAUCGCUAUCCCACCCGCUAAACGACGCCAUGUUUGUUGUUGACAACUGA